UGCCUCACAGAGCUCUCAGCGCGAGUGCGCACUUUUGCAUUCCUCUGCGCUCUGCAGCAGCCCUCACUCUACAUCAGUCCGCCUGGGAUUGUAAAAGCGCAUCGCGGCUCACCUCUGAUCCGGUCUCCUCUGUCCACUCGCUCGCGGCUCGUGCGCUCACAAGCCCUUGCUUUUAAAGUGGAGCUGCGGGAGGAAACCAGCUUUCCCGCGCCAAUGGAGGGAGACGGGAUGGACAAGCUGGAGCGCAUGGCCUCCGUGUGCGAAUUCGACCCAAUCACCGGCAACAUCCCCGCCACCAAAGUGGAAAUCAGUGUCUCGUGCAGAAACCUGCUAGAUCGAGACACAUUCUCCAAAUCUGAUCCAUUAUGUAUCCUGUAUACUCAGGGAGUCGAGUCGAAGCAAUGGAGAGAGUUUGGAAGGACAGAAGUGAUUGACAACACACUCAACCCAGAUUUUGUAAGGAAGUACAUUCUGGACUAUUUUUUUGAGGAGAAGCAGAAUUUACGUUUUGACAUAUAUGACAUUGAUUCCAAAAGUCCUGACCUGGCAAAGCAUCCCUCCGAAUUCAACGACUUCCUGGGUCAGACCUUCUGCACUCUGGGUGAGAUAGUGGGAUCUUCAGCUAGUCGAAUGGAAAAGCCUCUGGGGGGCAUUCCAGGGAAGAAGUGUGGCACUAUCAUUUUAACAGCAGAGGAACUGGGAAACUGCAGGGACUGUGUCACUAUGCAAUUCUGUGCCAAUAAGCUGGACAAGAAAGACUUCUUUGGUCGCUCAGACCCUUUCAUGGUGUUCUACCGGAGUAAUGAGGAUGGAACAUUUACUAUCUGCCAUAAGACUGAGGUAAUGAAAAACACACUCAACCCUGUGUGGAAACCUUUCAGCAUCCCAGUGAGAGCUCUCUGCAAUGGAGACCACGAUAGGUCAAUUAAAGUGGAAAUAUAUGACUGGGACCGGGAUGGCAGCCAUGACUUCAUUGGAGAAUUUACCACAAGCUACAGGGAGCUGUCACGGGGCCAGAGUCAGUUCAAUGUUUAUGAGGUGGUGAAUGCAAAAAAGAAAACAAAGAAGAAAAGAUACAUCAACUCUGGAACAGUGACGUUGCUUUCAUUCUCUGUUGAGGCGGAACACACUUUCCUAGAUUACAUCAAAGCAGGCACUCAGAUCCAUUUCACCGUGGCUAUUGAUUUCACAGCUUCCAAUGGGAACCCAUCUCAGUCCACAUCUCUACAUUAUAUGAACCCAUACCAGAUGAAUGCCUAUGCUAUGGCACUAAAAGCUGUUGGGGAAAUUAUCCAGGAUUAUGACAGUGAUAAGAUGUUCCCUGCUUUGGGCUUUGGAGCCAAACUCCCCCCUGAUGGCAGAGUGUCUCACGAGUUCCCUCUGAAUGGUAAUGUAGAUAACCCUUACUGUAAUGGCAUGGAGGGCAUUCUAGAGGCAUACCACCAGAGUCUCAAAACUGUUCAGCUUUAUGGCCCAACAAACUUUGCCCCAAUCAUCAAUCAUGUAGCGAGAUAUGCAGUAGCAGUGGAAGACGGCUCACAGUACUUUGUGCUCCUCAUCAUCACAGAUGGAGUUAUAUCAGACAUGGCUCAGACCAAAGAAGCCAUCGUCAAUGCUGCUAAACUUCCAAUGUCGAUUAUAAUUGUUGGAGUUGGCCAGGCUGAGUUUGAUGCCAUGGUUGAGCUUGAUGGUGAUGACAUUAGAAUAUCCUCAAGAGGAAAGCUGGCAGAAAGGGACAUUGUUCAGUUUGUGCCAUUCAGGGACUACAUGGACCGGACAGGGAACCAUGUUCUCAGCAUGGCGCGGCUUGCCAAAGAUGUCCUGGCAGAGAUUCCUGACCAGUUAAUUUCUUACAUGAAAUCGAGAGGCAUCAAACCCAACCAAACUCCAUCAGACUGUAGCCCUUCUGUGCUUAGUCCAACCGCUACUAUCUGAGUAUACACAGGUCCUGUUCAGGCCAGAACAAACAUGCAAUGGCCUCAGACCUUCCUCACCACAUCUGGAUCUUUCUUAAAACCAAUCCAGCAGUCUCUUUAUAAGUGAACAAGCUAUACAGAACAAAUAAACAAGCAGUGGCCACUGGGUAUGGCUCAUACUCCUUUCAGAGUCUGAACAGCAUCUAGUGAGACUCUGAGUUUAUCUGAUUUGUUUCAGUGGUGAGAACACUUUUGGAUUUUAAAACUGUACAAUAUGAAUAUUUCAAUACCUGGACAAAACCUGCCUAUUCUUCUGUGCAUAGUUUGCGUUGUCCUUUUGGAGAUUGUUCAUGUUCAAUUUGAGACUUAUAGAUUUUUUUUUAGGAGUGUGGGCAUCCUAAAUGAGAGAGGCUCCAGAGGCAAUUGACAGGUUUCUACUUUUAUUUAUUUAUUUCUUAUACAUCACAGCAGCGUCAGUAUAAUUUUGUACAAUCAUUGUUUUAGGACAGAUUAAUGUCAGUGGGCAUGCCAACCAGAGUUAUAGGAUGUGUAAAUAUAUUCCUAGUGUUUGCAAACAGGUAUCAAAUUAUUUUAAUAUUAUUAUCAUUAUCAUUAUUAUUAUUAUUAUUAUUACAACACAGAUCAUAGAUUAUUGUAUGGUGCCCUUGAUAGGCUUGAAUGUUUUAGUUAUAUUCCUUUGGAGAUGCAUUUGGGGAAUGGGGUUUCUGAUAUAAUUUUUUAGCUGGCAUCUCAUUGCAGACUUGUGUUGCAAUUUUGUGAAAAUAUGGAAAUGUAUUCAGGUAUCAGGAGAUCAUUUAACAAAAUCCAUAAACCCAACUGCAUGAAAAGUUUUCUUAAUAAUCAAAAAUUUCUAAAGCAGAUUAUAUAUAUAACAUUGUCGAUUACUGAAUAUGCUUCAGGAAGUACAACUCUCAUUUAGACUAUGUAUAAGGUUCUUGCUAUCUUUGGUCAUUUACAUAAAAAACAUUUCUAAGGCCCAUGUUGAAUUCACUAAGCAAAACUAAAAUAAUUUACUAAUAGUCUUAUUUCUAGCUUUGACGAUUAUACAGUAAAUGAGUGUUAAGUUAGAAUAGGUGCUUACUGAGAGACUUAAGGUGUAACAAUUUUCAUGAACAGCAGGGCUUAAUUGCGUUCACUGCCGUUUCAUGACGUGCAUCUGCAACAAUGCUGGAAUUUUGCCCCCAAUUUUUAUGCAUUUUAAACUUUGAGCUCUCACUUUUCUAUUUAAAUUCUCAGUAAUAAAUAUGAGAUAGACUUUGAGAUUGGACAGAUGUAAUUUUUUUAUAUGCCUAAAUGUUGACUCUAAACUAAUAAUAAACAUAAAAUUAUUUGGUUGCAUGGAAUUUUCCAAUUCCAUUCAACACCGGCUUUAUGUGGUUUUUGUUAUGACCUUUGAUUUCAUUAAACACAAUUAGUCCAUUAAAUCAAAGUCUGCUUGAUAGAGUUACCUGAGCAUUUUUACAUCCUGCAAAAUUGGUCCCUCCCUAUUGUGAUGAUCUUUAUUGAUGUUUUGAUAUAAAUUGGGUGCAAUAACUGAUGUCUCUUAAAUGUUUAAUAAGGAUAUGCAUGUUAAAUAACCUUAUGUUGUUACUAUUUGCAUUUAGCCUAGUCCUGAAAAUGAUCUGGUCAACCUGAGAAAGUGUGUUUUUCAUCAAAGUAGUAGGUUUACUUUAGAUGGCACCUUUUCAUCAACCAAUUUUGUAGCAGUAUUGUCACAAUGAGCAUGUAUAGUACUUUUGACUUAUCAGACCAUCUGAUACUAUACAAUCAUGCACAUUAUUUUGGGAAACUGUUACCAGGGAAAUGCAUGAAUAAAUCAUUAGUCACUCAUGCAUUGGUUUGUUUUGUUAAAUUCCUUUUUUUGGUUGUUUUGAAUUAGUCCAAUUUUGGUGUAUUCUAAUUAGAUUUUAAUGAGUUCUUGAUUUGUAUAAAUUUGUGUUGUAUAAAUUCAUACACUGGAUGAUAAUGGAUUCAGCUCAUAAUGAAGACGAGCAAACAAUUCUUUCAUUACUAGAUACUGACUUAGAACCUGUUAAAAAAAAAACAUCUGCUUGAGGAGAUAAGGGCAAGUGAAAAAACUUCUACAGAUGACAUGUAGAGACAAAUUCAUUGACAAGGAGCCACCCAUCAAGUGCCAAUGCUUGCUCUAUUAAAUGUGCAUACGGGGACUAAAAAAUCUGAAGGAUUUUGUGAAACUUGCUUCCUCCUUCUCACAUGCAGCCUUAAAGUGAUAGGUCAUCCAGUGUAGCUUUUCAGCACAACCUCAUCGUUGGGGCUCAGUUUUUUUUGUGCUCCCCCCUCUUAUACAUCUCUCUAGAUCUCAGUCAAUAUGCAUGAACAGUUUUCCAAACCAAGCAUAAAGCAUUGCUGUCGUCAUUUCCAUGUUUUUUUUUUUUUGUCAAGUUUGUAAUGGAUUAUCUUAAAAGGAAUAAAAACAUGCCAAUUUUUGC